UUUUCCAGAUGCUCCUCUCGCCAUGAAUCAACUGUUGUCUCAAAAUUAACGUAUCCUGAAAAUGUCGUCCCAAGAAGAUAUCAACCCAGAUAGUUCACCGGAUUCUCCUGAUGCUCCUCCAAUGUCCAAGCAACAGGAGGCUAUGUUUGAGCCGAAACCCACUCCCAAAAUCAUCAGAGUUCUCACGGUCAUGGCUUACGUCUUCAGCGUCUCGAUGGCAGCUAUUUUUUUGUCAAUUUAUUACAUAUUCAUGUGGGAAGGAAAACCGCAUCUUGGAGCCAGAGUUGCAGCGUGGAACUACGAGAGAAAUUUGAGCAUUUCCCCUCCUGUGGAAGGAGCGAAAUAUUCAAGAUACCAGCUAAUCGACGGUCAUCAUGAUCAAAACAAUAUUACAACACACAUUCCCACUGAUCUCGAACUAUUGGAGUACAAUGCAAGUAACAACUCCGACGUCGAUUUUGAUGUCAGAAAUGGAAACAGUGUCCCCGAUAACACGAGUUCUACACAACACUUAGGCGUUUCUAAGAGUCCAUCGAACAAAACAAUCAAGAAAAGAAGCGUUCUUGAAGGUGAUCCAAACUUCAAAUAUGUUAAGGAUAUAAAAGAGGCAGGUCAUACCCACAAUGAGGGUGACAGUAUGCAUUCUGCCAUUGAAAGAGAUGAGAACAGAACGCUAAAAGCUAACAUCAUCUAUAUACCUGCACAGUGGAUACCCAUCAUCGCCCUUGCAAAAAAAAACUGGCACACCUUAUGUUGUUAACGAAGUCCAACAAAGUGACAUUUAUGAUAUAAAAACAUUAACCAGUCAAGUAGGAAAACAAUUUUCCAAAAACA